CAAAGUCGGCUUGCUAUACACCACUACCCGGCCGAUUUAUGCCUGCUUUCUUUCUACACAACCUAGCUCUGUUGUUUGCUGCUCUGUCUUGCGUGGUCUCUCUGUUCUUCUCUUUAUUGUUAACGAGAACUCUUGCCGGUCGCACUCUCCGAGUGAGUCGAAUUCGACUCCACCUGAGACCCUCACUAUCCAUCCAUGUCGAUGGCUUCUACUACUCGCACCGAACGAGCAUCCCAAGACCAGACCUCAAGUUGCCCAACCAGCCAUUCACGCUCAAAGCUGCACAAGUAGUGCUGAGAUUCCGCGUACCUCGACCAUCGUAUCCCGCAUGGGCAACCCUCACCAUCAAAGACAUCUUCCACGCAUCCCCACAAGCCAGUGCCUCCGUCGAGCGCGCCCUCCUGACCCUCUGGCUGUUCCCGUACGCAUUCCGAUUCACCGCAGGCACCUACGUCAACGUCCAGCUCGACGACUUCCGCGUACGCGUCUUUGACAGCGAGAGCACGCCGCGCUGGGUCGAGAUCCUCCGGCGCAAUCUCAUCAUGACGAUGCUCAAGGGCGAGACCCUGCGCCUCGACGACUUCAAGACGAGCGUCCGCUUCGGCGUCCCGGACCGGUGGCAGUCGCCCGAGUCGAAGCAGCGCCAGGAGGUCGACGGGAUGAGCGGCGAGCAGGAGAUGAUGGUGACGGUGAUGGGGGAGAAGUACCAUACGAAGAAUUGGCAGGGGAGGAUAUACGCCCUCGGGAAGGUGGAUAUGCAGUGGCGGACGAGCCUGAGUAGCGAUCGGGGCAGGUUCGUGAUGGUCAUGGAGGAGGCGCGAUGGAUAAAAGUGAGGGAGACGUACGAGUUGGAGACCCCGAUCAGUACUCCUUAUCAGAUUCUGUCGUCCAUCCUCCAACUUCCCGUAACCUUAUGGCAGACGUACAACAACAUCGCCACAGCGGCGGACGUCUACAUCCCGGUCAUCAAUCUGUCGUACGAUCAGUUCCGCCUGCGAGACUCCGAGGUCGUGCACCAGAUAGGUAUCAUGGUCGAAGAAAACAUGUGGGCAAUUGGAGGCUUUCUGGAAGGUUUCGUAGGCGACCUGCUCACGAAGAGCAUACAGCCUGGAGGAGGCAAAGCUGGGGCUCUAGCGGACGAGAUAUCGGAAGGGAAAGACAGUGCAGGGCCGGAGGUUAUGCAGGAGGAGGAGAAACCCUUGGAGGAAAAGGCCGCAGACAACCAAAUUAUCAUGGAUGGCCACGCUGAAAAGGACUGA